CUCUCCCGCCUUCCCUUGCUCCCACCCACCCUCCCCGAGAGAAUCUCAGAGGAGCAGAACCAGAGAAAACACACAGGCGUGCGCGCACACAGAGCGUGCAGGAGGCGCGCUCGUGUCCGAGCCGAAGUGCAGUGAGGAGGAGGAGGGAGACAGCCAGAGAGACACUUUCUUGGGAAUUAAUAACACAGGCAGGAGAAGGGGCAGGUGCACACAGGUGAAUACCUGGACCAUGAAGGUGGCCUUCAGAUUGCUUCUCCCGCUCAUCCUCUUGCUGAUCUUUGAGGUGAACGGGCAGCGGAAGAAGCCUCCACGGAAGCCUACUCGCCGGCCACCCGAGCCAGUCGAGCCCACGGAGUUACCUCCGCCCCUGCCGCCGGGCCCCCCCUCCGUCUUCCCAGACUGCCCCAGAGAAUGUUUCUGCCCCCCAGAUUUCCCCUCCGCCCUUUACUGCGAUAGCCGCAACCUGAGGAAGGUGCCCAUCAUCCCCUCCCGGAUCCACUAUCUCUACCUUCAGAACAACUUCAUCGAGGACCUCCCGGAAGAAUCCUUCAAGAAUGCCACAGAGCUGAAGUGGGUCAACCUGGACAACAACCGCAUCAAGAAGGUGGACAAGCGGGUCUUGGAGAAACUGGACAAUCUGGUCUUCCUUUACAUGGAGAAGAACAAGCUCCGGGAGGUGCCUAACUUCCUGCCCCCCAACCUGGAGCAGCUGCGCCUGAGCAGGAACCACAUCUCCAAGAUCCCCGCCGGGGUCUUCAACAAGCUGCAGAACCUGGUGCUGCUGGACCUCCACAAGAACGAACUGGACGACAUGGACUUCAACAAGAACACGUUCAAGGGCCUGAAGAACCUCAUGCAGCUCAAUCUUGCCCAUAACACCCUGCGGAAGUUGCCCCCAGGGGUGCCCAGUGCCAUCCAUCAGCUCUUCCUAGACAGGAAUUUCAUUGAGGACAUCCCCAGCGAGUAUUUCAAGAGCUUUCCCAACCUGGCUUUCCUCAGGCUCAACUACAACAAGAUUACCGACAAAGGGCUGCAUAAGAAUUGCUUCAACCUCACCAACCUCCUGGUGCUGCACCUGGCGUACAACAACCUCACGAGCGUCCCCUUCAUCAGCUCCAAACUGGAGCACCUCUACCUAAAUAACAACUCUAUUGACAAAAUCAACGGGACCCAGAUCUGCCCCACUGCCAUGGUUACCUUCCAAGACUAUCCCUCCUCUGAGAUGGAAAACGUGCCCCGGCUCCGCUACCUGCGCCUGGACGGCAACCGGCUGAAGCCGCCCAUCCCCCUGGACCUGAUGCUGUGCUUCCGGCUCCUGCAGGCCGUUGUGGUCUAAUCCCUUGGCAGCGCCACUCUCCCUGGACUUUGGCUUUGCACAGAGACUUGACUCCAGUCUACGUUAGACAUUUGGAAACUAUCUUGUCUCUCCUUCCCUCCACCCCACUCACCCCUCAAUGCCCUU